GUCUCAGUUCGCGGAAAAGGUAGAAUUCAACCAGUCGUAAACGUUCCCGGACCACACGCUCUAGAACCCGUCGGAAUCGGACGGCAUCGUCGACGGUUCCAAAUCGGUUCUCAAUCGAAAAUCCCAACGGAAACUACUCAAAAUUAAAGAUGGCAUCGGAUUACAGUUUAAAAACGAGUGAUGGAAUUGCGGCUCCCAUGUGGAUGUUCUGGAAACGACGCCGAUACAUCGUGGUGCUGAUGGCGUUUCUGGGAUUCAUGAACGUCUACACAAUGAGGGUUAAUUUGAGUGUUGCUAUCGUGGCGAUGACGGAAAAUCGUACAAUCGUCGACGCUGAUGGAGGCGUCCAUUAUGAAAGUGACUUCCAAUGGGAUUCUAAAGUGAAAGGCUUUAUUUUGAGCUCGUUCUUCUAUGGAUACCUCAUUACUAUGCUUCCGGGAGGCUACAUAGCCAAUAAACUUGGGGCUCAUAAUGUUUAUGGCGUUGGCAUAGCUGUGACUUCGUUACUUACCCUGCUGACUCCACUGGCCACAACUGCUGGCGCCUGGUGCCUUAUUUUGGUUCGCGUGCUGGUAGGAAUGUUCCAAGGCGUAACUUUUCCCUGCAUGCAUGCCGUUUGGUCCCGGUGGGCACCACCUCGAGAACGAUCCAGAAUGGUGAUGUUUUCAUUCGCCGGAAUAUUCGUUGGAACCAUAUUGGCUAACGUCCUGAGUGGUGUUUUGGCAAAGGUGCUGAACUGGCAGAGUAUUUUUUAUGUUUUCGGCAGUGUUGGCUGUAUCUGGUACUUGGCUUUUCUAUAUUUGAUUAGACAAUCUCCGGAGGAUGACAGAUUCAUUACCGUGGGUGAGAAGGAAUUUAUCCUGCAAAGCUUGGGUAGAGUCGAAGGUGUACCGGAAAAUAUAGUGCAGCCCUGGAAAGGAAUAUUCACAUCGAAAGCUGUUUUUGCCCUGUGUACGGCUAACUUUUGCUCCAAUUGGGGUUUCUACACAAUGCUCACUCAACUUCCAACAUUUCUUAGAGAAACGCUUCACUUCGGAGUUCAAACUAGUGGUAUCAUCUCAGCUCUUCCAUAUUUUGCUCUGGGAAUAACACUGACAAUCGCUGGAUACCUUGCCGAUUGGUUUCAGAUCAAGGGAAUCAUGAACACUACUCAAGUGAGGAGGAAUUUCAACUGCUUUGCAUUCGCGCUCCAAUGUGUAUUCAUGUUGGCCGGAGCUCUGAUCAUGCAGCCAAUUCCGACGGUAAUCUGUUUCAUCCUCAACGUAGCUGUAGGAGCUUUUGCUUGGAGCGGUUUUGCCGUCAACCAUCUGGAUCUUUCUCCGAAGAGUGCCAGUGUUCUGUUUGGAAUAACAAACACCGUCGGAACCUUUGCCGGAAUCGGUACUCCGAUUUUAACGGGAUAUUUAACGGCGAAUCAACUGGAAUCGGAAUGGAAAAUUGUGUUUUACAUUGCCUCUGCGGUGUACGUGUUUGGAUUCAUCGUGUACUGGUGUUGGGGAUCUGGUGAGCUGCAACCCUGGUCUAUAGAGAUGCAGGAAAAGCGAAGGGAAAAUGAAAGAACGGGGAAAUCAGUGAAUGGUUAUGACAAUAAAAUGAUUAUAGAAGAUUGA